GCUCUGUAGUUUUUGCACAGCCUUCAAGGCAGUUGGUGGGUGAACACUACUUUGCUUGGGCCUGUUCGGAUUAUUAUCAGCACUUUGCACUUCAUUUGCACAACUUUGAGCUUUGUCUUCGAUGGAUGUUUUAAUGACGGAAGAAAGGACUAUCGUAUACAUAUUUGCAUUCCUUGGAGAGCGCAGCGAGUGAUGGCAGGACCGAGGCCGGUGGUUUUCAGCGGUCCCUCAGGUGCUGGGAAAAGCACAUUACUCAAAAAACUGCUCAAAGAGUUCGACGGCGUCUUCGGCUUCAGUGUCUCCCACACGACGCGGAAACCUCGUCCAGGAGAGGAGAAUGGAAAAGAUUAUCAUUACGUGAGCAGGGAGGACAUGCAGGCGGGAAUCGCUAAAGGAGACUUUAUUGAGAGCGCAGAAUUCUCAGGGAACAUGUACGGAACAAGUAAAGCUGCAGUCCAGGCUGUUCAGGCCCAAAAUCUGAUUUGUAUUUUGGACAUUGACAUGCAGGGGGUGAAAAGCAUCAAGAGAACCAAUUUAAACCCCAUCUAUGUCUCCAUCCAACCUCCAACCAUGGAUGUGCUGGAGAAGAGGUUAAGAGCGAGACAGACCGAGUCUGAGGAUAGUUUACGGAAGCGACUCCAGGCUGCACUCAUGGAAAUGGAGUUCAGAAAUCCAAAAAGUCAAAAACACCACCAAAGCCUGAAGGUCCAUCAUCCACCCAUCAACGACCAUCGCUUAGAGACCGCAACAUUCCACACACACACACACACACACACACACUGCCGAUACACUCCUCUCCCUCACACAAGGCUGAUAUAUUCAUACGGCUUCUGAAGGGAAAAUUUAAAUAAACAUCUCCUUUUUAUUCUUAAUCAACGAUUACAUUCAGGCCACUAAUUAUAGUGGUCAGGAAAAAGGGGGCGACUUUUAUUACACACUUAUCUAAAGGGUACAUUUUUAUAAACAAACUCGCCAACACUCAGCGUUUACCUUGACAUAAACUUGCAGUGCAGUGCAUUGUGGGUAUAACACACCCAGACCGCUAACUUAUUGAGCUCCCUCUGCUCAAUUACCGUGAUAACCUCACCACCUCUGUUCAACAUAAACAUGCCUCCUGCGUUCACGUUUAAAGAAAAGUGGGCGGGGCCGGAUCACCCUGUUCCAGGUAGGGGUGGGGUUAUAUUUCAGUGAUCGAACCAGAAGUUGUUUGUGUGAGAUCGUUGAAAGUUUUUCUUUUUUUAUUUUGGACUUUUACAGACCUGGAAACAUUUUUCUACUUUAAAAGCUAACCAUAUAAUACAGAUAUUACAAUAUAAACAUCAAUUAAAUAUUAUGGUCUUUAAUCAUUGUAAUCAUCAUGCCACAGUGUGAUUUUUCUGGAUCUUCAGCAGUACAACCCCAAUUCCAAAGAAAGUUGGGAUGCCGUGUAAAAUGUAAAUAAAAAUAGAACGCAAUGAUUUGCAAAUCUCAUAAUCCCAUAUUUUUUCACAAUUGAACAUAGACAACAUAUCAAGUUUACAAUUUACGACUUUAUUUUCACUUAAAUCACAUCUCCUCUUUCCGUUCUCAAUGAAGUUCAGUUCUGAUUGUUUUAUUUGAAAGAACUAGAUCUUCCGCAGAAAACCUGGCCAUUGUAUUGUCAGUUUUUUACUAACAAAUGUGAGUAAUUAGGUCAACUUAACAAAUUUUUGUUCUGACUAGAAUUGUAUCUCCUCUCUCAUUUAUCAUGCAAAUUCAGUUCUAAUUGAUGUUUUGGGUCGAUCUUACUUUGGAGAACAAAAUUCAGUCCUUUGUUGAUUUUCCUGUUGUAAACAGUUUGUCGUGGAGGUUGGUCCUCUCUCACAUCAUCACAUUUCAGUUCUGUUUGAUGUUUUGGUCGUCAUGGUUGUUUUGAUGGCAGGACAGAUGAGCUGCUACGUCCUUGAUGUUCUGGUUUUCCGGGAAGGCCUUGCAUAUUUCAGCAAGACAAUGCUAAACCGCAUACUGCAUCUAUUACAACAGCAUAGAGUACGGGUGCUGAACUGGCCUGCCUGUAGUCCAGACCUUUCACCAACUGAAAACAUUUGGCUUAUCAUGAAACAAAAAAAUAUGACAAAGAAGACCCAGGACUGCUGAGCAGUUGCAAUCCUAUAUCAGGCAAGAAUGGGACAACAUUCCUCCCCCAAAACUCCAGCAACUUGUCUCCUCAGUUCCCAGACGUUUACGGACUGUUGUUAAAAGAAGAGGGGAUGCUACACAGUGGUGAACAUGCUCCUGUCCCAACUUUUUUGAGACAUGUUGCUGCCAUCAAAUUCAAAAUGACCUUAUUUUUUCUUAAAAUGUUACAUUUUCUCACUUUAAACAUUUAUGUUGUCUGUAUUCUAUUGUGAAAAAUAUAUAUGGGUUUAUGAGAUUUGCAAAUCAUUACAUUCUGUUUUCAUUUACUUUUUAUACAGCGUCCCAACUUAUUUGGAAUUGGGAUUGUACUUCUGCAACACUGAGCAGUCCUCACUCGCUCCAUUAAACAAAUUAUGUCACAAAUAAAUUUGUCACUUUUGCCCGUCAUUUUCCUUAAAUUUUUUUUUUUUUUUUUGGUAAAUGUAGAUUUUUUUCUUUCAGUUAAUAUUUGUAUUUACAAAGUUGGCAUACAAUUUAAAAAAAAAAGGGCUUUUAAGAUUUUUUUUUAAUGUCCAUACUCCUUUCUUCAAUAAAUUUUUCAUAAGCUUUUAUUUUGUUACCAAAACUUGGGUAAAAAUAACACAUUUUUUAAUUUGUCCCAGCAAUUAAUUAUUUUCUUUCCUGAAUUCCUUUCUGAAGAACUGGACGUUGUACAGGCCAGCCGUGCAAACCAUUUCUCUGAACGUUCAUAAAUAACGCAUCACUCCACUUUUAAACAAUAAAUCAUAUUGAUUACAGGCUUCAUUCAAUACCACUUUCUGGAAACUUCAUUUUUGAUGAGUACAGGAGGAACUUUGGUGCUUUUUUGGAAGGGUUUGUAGUGUAAAACCACCAGCUGAUGACGUCAUAAUGGGUGUUAGAGCGGCUGAGCAGUCAGAAUUAUUUUCUUCAACUCGCACUCAGAGAAGCUGCACGUGUAUUAGAAUCCUGACACAUACUAACUGCAGUUACACACUUGUUAUAAGCACACACUCGCUGUAGUUACACACUUUACAAGUAAACUGUCUUUUCUUGCUGUUUGAUGUGAAACUGCUUCUGGGAAUUAAACUUUUUAACCAGGUCUCUGCUUCAGCAAAAGAAACCUUUUUUUUUAAUUUGUUUUUUUUUUUACUGAACAUGUUAUCUAUAAUCACUGUAUGUGUCGUGUAAAUCCUGUGUUAUUGUUUGUAUUUUAUUUUUAAUCUGACUUUCUAACCGAAACUUCAGGUCUAAUAAAAAAUAAAGCAGUGUGAGAAUCUCA